AUGGAGGACGGUGACACCCAUUUUAAGCAGUCAACACCUUCCAGCAUUCUCUUUACCCAGCAACAGAGAAUGUCAGCUCUAUGAUUUCUCUGAUUGGUGAAGCCCAGCCAUGCUGACUCCUCUCCACCCAUUUUGACCAUUUCCAGUGCUAGAAGCCCACAGUUUCAGAGUCUCAUCUGCCUCCACCCAGCCUCAGUUCCUCAUUGCUGUUCCUGUGCUCGCGGUCAUCAAUUAUAGACCCUAUAACAUGCGCCCUGAAGACAGAAUGUUCCAGACCAGAGCUGUGAUCUUGAGUACCCUCUCCUUGGCUUUCCUGCUGAGUCUCGGAGGAGCUGGGGCCAUCAAGGCGGACCAUGUAUCAACUUAUGCCAUGUUUGUACAGACACAUAGACCAACAGGGGAGUAUAUGUUUGAGUUUGAUGAGGAUGAGAUGUUCUAUGUGGAUCUGGACAAGAAGGAGACCGUCUGGCAUCUGGAGGAGUUUGGCCGAGCCUUUUCCUUUGAGGCUCAGGGCGGGCUGGCUAACAUUGCUAUAUUGAACAACAACUUGAAUAUCACGAUCCAGCGUUCCAACUACACUCAGGCCGCCAAUGAUCCCCCUGAGGUGACCGUGUUUCCCAAGGAGCCUGUGGAGCUGGGACAGCCCAACACCCUCAUCUGCCACAUUGACAAGUUCUUCCCUCCAGUGCUCAACGUCACGUGGCUGUGCAACGGGCAGCCGGUCACUGAGGGUGUCGCUGAGAGCCUCUUCCUGCCCAGAACAGACUACAGCUUCCACAAGUUCCACUACCUGACCUUUGUGCCCUCAGCCGAGGACUACUAUGACUGCAGGGUGGAGCACUGGGGCUUGGACCAGCCGCUUCUCAAGCACUGGGAGGCCCAAGAGCCAAUCCAGAUGCCUGAGACAACGGAGACUGUGCUCUGUGCCCUGGGCCUGGUGCUGGGCCUAGUGGGCAUCAUCGUGGGCACCGUCCUCAUCAUAAAGUCUCUGCGAUCUGGCCGUGACCCCCGGGCCCAGGGGCCCCUGUGAAGUACUGUAAAGGUGACAAAAUAUCUGAAAAGAAGAGGACUUAAGAGAGAUCUGAACUCCAGCUGCCCUACAAACUCCAUCUCAGGUUUUCUUCUCACUUCAUAUGAAAACUACUCCAGUGGCUGACUGAAUUGCUGACCCUUCAAGCUCUGUCCUUAUCCAUUACUUUAAAGCAGUCAUUCCUUAGUAAAGUUUCCAACAAAUAGAAGUUAAUGAAUAAAUGUUGACACUUUGGUAGCACUGAUAUGGAGAUUAUCCCUUCAUUGAGUCUUUUAUCCUCUGGUCUCCUUUGAAGAACCCCUCCACUUUCACCUUCCGGAGAAUACCCUAAGACCAAUAAACACUUCAGUAUUUCAGAA